CUGCUUUGUUGCCCCUGAUGUAACUGGCCUCCCAACAAUACCCGAGAGUAGAAAUCUUACAGAAUAUUUUGUUGCUGUGGAUGUGAACAAUAUGCUGCAACUGUAUGCCAGUAUGCUACAUGAAAGGCGCAUCGUUAUUACCUCUAGCAAAUUAAGCACUUUAACUGCCUGUCUCCAUGGAUCAGCUGCUCUACUGUACCCAAUGUACUGGCAACACAUAUACAUCCCAGUGCUUCCUCCACAUCUGCUUGACUACUGCUGUGCCCCAAUGCCAUACCUGAUUGGAAUACACUCCAGCCUCAUAGAGAAAGUGAAAAAUAAAUCACUGGAAGACGUGGUUAUGUUAAAUGUUGAUACAAACACUUUAGAAUCACCGUUUAAUGACUUGAACAAUCUACCAGGUGAUGUGGUCUCGGCCUUGAAAAAUAAACUGAAGAAGCAGUCUACAGCUACGGGUGAUGGAGUAGCUAGGGCCUUUCUCAGGGCACAGGCUGCUUUGUUUGGAUCCUACAGAGAUGCACUGAGAUACAAACCUGGUGAACCCAUCACUUUCUGUGAGGAGAGCUUUGUAAAGCACCGCUCAAAUGUGAUGAAACAGUUCUUGGAAACUGCAAUUAACCUUCAACUUUUUAAGCAGUUUAUUGAUGGUCGACUGGCAAAACUAAAUGCAGGAAGAGGUUUCUCUGAUGUAUUUGAAGAAGAAAUCACUUCAGGGGGCUUUUGUGGAGGGAACCCAAAGUCAUAUCAACAAUGGGUGCACACAGUCAAGAAAGGAGGUGCACUUUUCAACACAGCAAUGACUAAAGCAACUCCUGCUGUACGGACAGCUUAUAAAUUUGCAAAAAAUCAUGCCAAGCUGGGACUAAAGGAAGUAAAGAGUAAGCUAAAACACAAGGAAAAUGAAAAUUAUGGGACUUGUUCUGGUUCUGUACAGUAUACUCCAGUUUACACAUUACACAACGAAAAGGGAGGAAAUCUAGAAAAGCGUAAGCUUGCUCAGGCACGCUUAAAAAGACCUCUUAAGAGUCUUGAUGGUGCUCUAUAUGAUGAUGAGGAUGAUGACAUUGAAAGAGCAAGCAAAUUGUCUUCUGAAGAUGGUGAAGAAGCUUCUGCUUAUUUUUAUGAAAGUGAUGACUCUGUUGAAACAAAAGUAAAGACUCCUUACUCAGGUGAAAUGGAUUUAUUAGGAGAGAUCCUUGAUACAUUGAGCACACACAGCUCAGAUCAAGGAAAGCUGGCUGCUGCAAAGAGCUUGGAUUUCUUUAGAUCAAUGGAUGAUAUUGAUUACAAACCUACGAAUAAAUCUAAUGCUCCUAGUGAAAAUAACCUGGCCCUCCUUUGUGGUGGUUCUGGUGACCAGGCUGAGUGGAAUCUUGGACAGGAUGACAGUGCUCUCCAUGGCAAGCACCUCCCUCCAUCUCCCAGGAAGCGGGUUUCCUCUAGUGGUUUGACAGAUUCUCUGUUUAUCCUUAAAGAGGAAAGCAGUGACAAAUGCCUCAGUGCUGACAAUGUGAGUGACCCUACUGUCGUAGAAAAGCCAGCUACUACUUCAGGACUGGAUUUCCAACCAGCUUCCCUUGAAGUUUCUCUGACUGAUAAAGGAAGGCCAGAAAAGAAGGAAACACUAAGUCAGAUUUCAGAUGAUCUGCUUAUACCCAGCCUUGGGCGACAUCCAUCUACCUUUGUUCCUUGGGAGAAAGAAGGGAAGGAAGCCAAAGAGACUUCGGAAGAUAUAGGACUGCUCCAUGAAGUAGUGUCAUUGUGUCACAUGACAUCUGACUUUCAACAAAGCUUAAACAUUUCAGAAGAAAACAUAAGUGGGAACCAAGCUUAAAUCUUGUGUCCAAGCGUCUAUGGAGACAUUCUGGGAUUCCAUGUCAUCUGUAUAAUAAAUAAAAUUAUUUGUAGGAGUGACAACUCUUACUACUAUUUAAUUUUUUUUUUUUUUUUUGCAUUUGGAGCAUACAUUUCCCCCACUUGUUCUUUUUAUGGAUGUAUGUUAUCCAUUGAUUUUAAAAUAUAAAGCAAAUUCUUAUAUUGUGUUCUUAAAUCAGGUACUAGUUUACAUGUAUGUUAAAAGUAUAUAUUGAACAUAUGAUCUCCCAGUAUUUGGUGCUUGAUGCCAUUCAUUCUAUUUAAACUAAAUAUGCGUUUAUACCCACUCACAUAACCAGUAGCUACUAUACUAAUCUGGUUGAGCAUGAGCUGAUCAAAACCUAUUAAAACUAACCUGAAACUGAUAAAACUGUUAACCCACUGAUUGCCUUAAUCUUAAAACUGUAUUAAGCCUACUUAAAUCAUGUAUGAAAUUACAUGUAAAGUUUGAAGGAUAAGUUAUUAGUGUUCUGGAGAGCAACAAUGCCUUUUUCUAUUCAUCAAAUCAAGGUCAAUAUUCAGUUUUUUCAAGAUUGAAAAACUCCCCUGUGGAGAUACCUAAUUUGCUUAUAUAAGGGCACUGUAGCCACAUUUUCAAAAAAAAGUAUAAAUGUAUAUGUUUACCUUUCAUUCAUUGAAAUACAUGAAGUGCUGAACUUAUAAUGUAAAGUUAAUGACUUUGGUUUACAAAUGAGACACUAUAAAAAAUGUUCACAGUCUCUCUGUGUAUGCCUUUGCUAUUUAGGGGUCUACCCAAGAAAGCCAAAUACAACAUAAACUGUCCUGAUAAAA